CUGACGUUUAAUGAUCUAUAAAUUGCACUUCCCGGCUAGGGUUCGGAAUUCUGGGACGGCGGGGUCGACGCGCAGAACGCAGCGAAAAUGGCGGUUCCGUUGCUCACGAAGAGGAUCGUCAAGAAGCGUGUCAAGCAGUUCAAGAGGCCCCAGAGCGACCGCAAGAUCUGCGUGAAGACAAAUUGGCGGAGACCAAAGGGUAUCGACUCCCGUGUGCGCAGAAAGUUCAAAGGAUGUACCUUGAUGCCAAAUAUAGGGUACGGUUCAGACAAGAAGACACGCCACUACCUGCCAAAUGGGUUCAAGAAAUUUGUGGUCCAUAAUGUUGCCGAUUUGGAGUUGCUUAUGAUGCACAACAGGACCUACUGUGCCGAAAUUGCACACAACAUUUCCACAAAGAAGCGCAAGUUGAUUGUCGAGCGGGCUGCACAGCUUGACAUUGUUGUUACCAACAAGUUAGCAAGAUUGCGCAGCCAGGAGGACGAGUGAGCCAGCCAGUGGUUAAAUGUUGUUCUGUGAGGUUCAUAUCACUAUCCAGAUGGAAGUUUAGUUGACUUUAAUUUAUGCAUUUGGGUUUAUCGGAUUAUUUAAUCAAUAUUUAUUAAGAUACCAUGAGUUGAUAUGAAACUAGUUUUGGUGCCAAGAUUUUGGCUUUGGCUUUCAUUCA